CUCUGAAGCACGCUAUCAGUGUCAUCAAGACUUUCAGCGACUACAAGAAAUGGCUUGUGGAAGAGAUUGGUUUCGGAGGUAUGCUCAAGCUCCCUGACAUUCAGAAGUUAAAUCUCAGAUGCAGUGCCUGGUUAUGAGCAGGGUUAGUGUUAGACGUAGAGAGUUCAGGCUGUCAGAAAGUAAAGUGCUCAAGUUCUAUGCUGAGGAGUCUUUAAGGUCUUUGGCAUCCCUUGCGGGGACCGUAGCGUGAAAGGGAGAGAUGAAAAUAUCAAUCCAGAAGCAAUCCACUUCAUCAAGUCAACCCUUGAAAUGGAUAAGACAGGAGUGCAUAGCUUGCGCGCGGUAGAACAAUUCCUGAUGCGUGAUAUCAAUGAGAAUUCUAGCAAGCUCGAGAAAGAUUGUUUUCAAAUUGCAUUUGUCAUAUUUGUCAUGGGUCAUGUACUCGCUCCGACCACGAAGCACAACUACUCGACCAUUGAUUUCUGGGGGGCAAUUGCCAACACUGAAAUGAUACAGCAGUUCAACUGGUGUGAGUAUGUCCUCCAGUAUUUGCUCGAUGCAGUACGAAAACUCAAGAGAGAUAUGCUGAUGAACAAUCAUUCAACCAACCUCACCGGAUGUCAUUUCUUCUUUCAGGUUUUUCUGCUCGAUAAUCUUGAUCUUGGUAUAUUGAAUAAGCCACACAAUGUACUACCAAGGAUCAUUGACUUCGACCCGGAUACAAUAAACAAAAUGCUCAUCAUGGCUCUUGACCCAGUGAAAGGAGCUAUGUCAUAUUCCCAUGCAAACCUCCGAGACCCGGCGAAUGUUUGUUAUGUGCGACACAAGGUUCAGUACACAAUUCCUUCGUCUUCGACCACCAAGCAAUUGCCAGGGGCUGGGACAACUCCACGCUCUGCGAAAACUCCCACAACAGAAUCUCCUUGUCCUGGUACUGGUUGCCGUCAGGACAACUUUGCCACUCCGAACACAAUGCCACGUGUAGUAGGGCCUCUAGACCUUGCCAACUUCUUGCGGCAGCAGCACCCACAUCUCGUGACUGAUGAGAUAACCAUGAUCAUGAAACAGCAGAAUGCUAGCUCAAUUAGGCGUUUGACAAAAGCAUCCAACGCCAUCCAAGUGGUUCUAUAUCAGGCAAAAAAUGCAUUGCAGUCAGAUAUGCUCAACUAUUCAGAGAGAAUUCUGAAAUCAAUUUCAGACCGUUGCCUUUGCUGCCGUACGCGAGGGUUCACAGAGUGUCAUGCAUCAGGUGUCGCUACUGCCAAGAAUGUACGUUUCAGCACUCCUGUUGCACAAAGAAUCCAGGGGCACAUGCUUGAUUUGUCUGAUGGAGAAGCUAUGUUACCGCUUAUCCAGGGUGGAUCAUCAAGGAAACGAAACGCAAGCAAUGAGGACUCCGCAUCCGCAAGCAAAAAAUCGAUUUCAGAAUCAUCCAUUGUGAUUAACUACUUCAAACACACCGUUCGCAAAGUUGCACAAAUGUAUGCUGAUCUCUCAGCGAACACAACCGUUACCGUGUUUGGCCAAACCCAGGGGAAACUUCCAAAGAGGAAGUACAUUUUUCAGCAUGGUUUUGCAACAAAUCCAUGGGAGCGUGGAGUUUUACCACUACCACCGCACGCUGAAACCAUAGAUAUGAUAGUUGCACACUUCUCCAACUUAACUGAUAGCGAUCUUCAGAGGCAUUAUGUUAUCCACCACUCCCCCAGACUUGUCCGCGUUACAGGGUUUGCUAUGUUUCAUCAGCUCAUUGGCAGUCGAAGUCUCGAUCACGAACUUGCUUCCAUUAUAUGUAGAAGGUACACUCAGUCAAAUAUGGAAGCCAAUAGGGAAUGUCCGUACCUCAACUGGAGGCACAACAUGGAACCGGAGUUUGCGACAAUUGUACUGUCUGACCACGACUAUGUGAACAACAUUUCGAUUUAGAAGCAACUAGUCGGCAAGGACAUGCCUUACAAUAUAACCUCAUCUCAGAUGUUCUUCCUGCCAAUACCCCUCGAAACUGGAUGCGUUAUAUUGAUGUGGGACAUGAUGUCGAGGAAGAUUCAUUUUUUGGACCCAAAGAUCAGAGGGAAUGGCCCUGAUGAUUUCACAAAAGAUAAGCAUGAACUUAUUGCAUGGAAGCUUCACCAUGCGUUAUUCCACUGCCUGAAUGAGUAUUAUGCUGGAUGGCCAACCCAGGAUGGUCAUUGGGGAACGGUUUACCCGGUAGUAGCCGAAGAAACAUUCAUCAGUGAAGAAACAGGGGCUAGUGUCCUCCACAUAGCCCGUCACUAUGAUGGAACAAAACUGAAGAUCCCUCUCACAAAGCACAAUGUUGGCAAACCAAAAGACAGGCACUACAUGAGUGCCUUAAACUUCAGGGGAAUUCUGCUAGUGUGGCGCAUGAUGCUCUAUGGGCGGCUCUAGCACCCCCAGACAGUCUCUUCAGCUCGAAUCAGUCCGAGUAGGCAUUCGGCUAGUUGAUGGUUGGAUCGUAUAGAUCAUUCCAAAUCAGCUAUCGGUUGCUUGUUGCUAUCAUGUACUUGGAUUCGUGUGUCAUGUAGUUUAAGAACGUCUACCUCCCAGGGCCCUGCCCAGUAGUACUUUUCUAUGGAGUAUGCUAGAAUGUAAUCUGUAGCCCAACCGAGACUUGUGCGGGUGGUCGCAUGGUCACGUCUCUGG